GGUCGACGCAGGCUGCCGUGGAAACGACACGACACACUGCCACUCAAUCCACGAUUGUUCUCCUCUAAGGCUCCACCUCUUUAUCCCCCCCCCCCCCACGUCCAUCCAUCCUUUUAAAACAUGGACGAUGUGAAAUGAGCCGCGUGGAAGGGCCAGAGGACAUCUCCAGGCUUCUGAACGAGUGAAGAAGCGCAGCGAGAAAGGAGCAUCAUGCCGCUGGUGAAGAGGAACAUAGAGCCCCGGCACCUAUGUCGCGGGGCGCUGCCGGACGGCGUGACCAGCGAGCUGGAGUGCGUCACCAACAGCACGCUGGCAGCAAUCAUCAAACAGCUGGGCGGCUUGAGCCGCCAUGCCGAGGAUAUUUUCGGGGAGCUGUUCAACGAAGCCAACAGCUUCUACUUAAGGAUGAGCAGCUUGCAGGAGCGUGUGGACCAGCUGGCGGUCAAGGUCACUCAGCUCGACUCCACCGUGGAGGAAGUUUCCCUGCAGGACAUUAACAUGAGGAAGGCAUUCAAGAGCAGUACCAUCCAGGACCAGCAGGUGGUGUCCAGGACGUCCGUGCCCAACCCUGUGGUGGAGAUGUACCAUCGCUGUGACAAACCUCCCCCGCUCAACAUCCUCAGCCCCUACAGGGAUGACAAGAAGGACGCUCUCAAGUUCUACACAGACCCAUCCUACUUCUUCAACCUGUGGAAGGAGAAGAUGCUGCAGGCCACCGAAGACAAACGCAAGGAGAAGAGGCGCCAAAAGGGCUGUCCGGCCCAUCCCGACAGACCCCACUCCAGACAGGCCCCACCCAGGAGUCCCCUGUCCAUCUCUGAGCAGCAGAAGCAGGUGGAGGACCCCAGCCGAGAGGUCAAGAAGGUGCGUAAGGCUCGUAACCGGCGUCAGGAGUGGAACGUGCUCGCCUAUGACAAGGAGUUCAGACCCGACGCCAGGCUGACCCCCUCGCCGUAUCAUGGCAUGUCUCCUGAGGGCUCCUUGUCACCUGACAGCAGGUCAAUGGCAUCCGACUCUUACCCCGCCAGUCCCAACCACCCAGCUACCCAGACUCCCAACGCGGGCCACCCUGCCGACCACCUCGGCCCGGCCGCUCAGACCCAGUCACUGGAUCGCGGGCUCAGGCCGGCCAACCAGCCCUCUGGAGCGGGAGGGUCCGCCGCUGGCGGGCGCCACGUGGCUUCCCUGGGCAGGACCCCAUCAGGUCACGCUAACCAGGCUGCGGGAGAUCUGACCGUCAACGGGCCCAGGCAGCAGUCGAUCAAGGAUUACCGGGCAGGCCACGGUGGCCAGCCUACCACCAUUCCAGAGUACUACAUCCCACCUGCACCACCCCCUCCUCCCCCAAGCAUCCCCUCAGCCCAGACGGCCUUUGACCACACCCCUGGCCCACCCUCCGCCGUCCCACCCACCUCCUCUGCCCUAUCCCGUCCCUACUCCCCCUCUCCUCCUCCUCCUCCCGUCAACUACGUCCCCUCCCCUGCCCACCCACCUUCAGGGGUCCCGCCGGCCGCCCCACCGCCUCCCCCGCCUGGAGGCCUUUUGGGCCACCAGGCUCACCUUUCCCCUACGCAUGCCGCCGUCGGGCAGGCAGGAGUGGACGCCGCGCCCUCCUCGAGGAAGGGCACCAUGCUGGGGAUGAUGCCCAUGAGCGACGCACGCUCCGACCUGCUGGCCGCCAUACGUAGAGGCAUCCAGCUGAGAAAGGUGCAGGAGCAGCGGGAGCAGGAAGCCAAGCGGGAGCCCGUUGGCAACGACGUGGCCACCAUCUUGUCGCGUCGCAUCGCGGUGGAAUACAGCGAGUCUGACGACGACUCUGAGCUCGAUGAGAACGAGUGGUCCGACUAAAGAGGUUUUGGGUGUAAUACGGAGUUGUGAUGGAGGCACAUUUUCAAAUUUAUUGCGACAAAAAUGUCAUUUUGCCACCACUCUUGGGAUGCGUCUAAACAACCAGCAGAGUUCGGCACAUGACACACAAUUUCAACAAAACGAUUGGACCGAUUCCUCCCCCUUACAUCCUAAUUGAUAACAAUAUUCCAGGCCUCUUGCUGCACAUAGCCCCUGUUGAGUGAGGGGGUGUUGUGUUGACUCAACACAUGGCACAGCAACAAGAGUUAUUAGUGUGCAAUCCUAAUAUUUAUUUUUCUUUAUGAAAACUAGCCAAGAGUUAAAACUACUUUCAGUGCUCAACAAGUGCACCUUUCUUGGAUCAAACUACACUUGGGGGAGUUUCACCCAUUGAACUUGUUUGGUAGUAGAGGAAGCUAUCCAGUAUAGGUAGAUGAUACUGGAAAUGUUGCUAUUGAUCUGAUACCAUGUAAAUACCGGGCAAGCAUUGCUGAUACUGAUACUUUUUACUUGAAAAUGAUUUGGGGAUUUUGCCUUUAAUUUGUUGAUCAUGAUUAUAAUUACACUAAAACGAUAAAAAAAAGUUUUUUCAGCAACAAAUAUAUGUCAACAAUUUAACAACAUAUAAAUACAACAAUGUAACCAUAUCAACAAAAGAAGACAAUUAUCCACUUUACUAUAUUUACUUUUUUAGGCAAAAUAACUGGAGAAAAAAAAAAAGCUACUUUGCCCCCAAAGUUCUCCUGCCAGGACUUAUUCCCUGACCUAUAUCUGUGCAGCUUUGUAAAUCUAUACAAUUCGAACAACAUUGUAAAAACACAUUUGUGGAAGAAUAUUGAUAUUGUCGCGCUAAUAUCAAUCUGAUACUAAUACUGCCUUUUGUAAUGGAAUUUGAAUCGAUCCACCCAGCAACGAUACAGCUUGUGUUAAUUGUUAAUACAUUUUCGGAGGCUCGCCAUCACGGCUCCGGCAGGUGAGCAAUUACAUGAUAUAUGUAGACCACAAGGAAGUGUUUUAAAUGUAGAAAAAAAUAAUAUGACUCCUUUAAUGCGCCUUAUAAUCCAGUGCGCCUUUUGUAUGAAAGUACACCUGAAAAGACCUGCUCAUCGGCGGUGCACCUUAUAUUCCGGUGCGUCCUAUGGUUCGGAAAAUACGGUAGUGUGCGUGCGUUCAAACUUGCAUCACUUUGUAGGAGGUUGUUUUACUAAGUUUAGUUCAUUUCAUUUUAUUAGUUUACAGGCAGAUCUGCCACACCCAAUAUGACAACACACGUAUCACAGCAACUUGCUCAAUGAUUGAUAUUAGAGAUGUCCGAUAUCGGCCUGCCGAUAUCGGCUGAUAAAUGCUUUUAAAUGUAAUAUCAGGAAUUAUCGGUAUCGUUUUUUUUAUUAUCAGUAU